AUGGCUUCUGGAGAGCUGGCAGUCAGGGAGCGCUUCCUGGAGAAGGAGGCACCUAGAUGCAGCCUGCAGGAUGAGGGCUCGCUGGGCGGAGUGGGGGCAGCCUUCCUCUCUGCCAGCCUUGGGGUGCUUGCAGCCUCAGAGACCUACACCCUGCCCAUGAGCAGCUCCAGCUGGGAGCCCCAGCUGGUUUCUCCGUUCCCAUCAGGCCCUUCCACAGGCUCCACAGGGGCCCAAGCCAUGGGCGAGCCUGCCAGGCAGGGCCCCAAGAACCCGCAUGUGUCCAGCGUUACGGUACAGCUGGAGAUGAAGGCCCUGUGGGAGGAAUUCAACCAGCUGGGCACAGAGAUGAUCGUCACCAAGGCAGGCAGGAGGAUGUUCCCCACCUUCCAGGUGAAGAUCCUGGGGAUGGACUCACUGGCCGACUACGCCCUGCUCAUGGACUUCGUGCCCCUGGAUGACAAGAGAUACAGGUACGCCUUCCACAGCUCGGCCUGGCUCGUGGCGGGCAAGGCCGACCCGGCCACGCCUGGCCGCAUGCACUUCCACCCCGACUCGCCCGCCAAGGGCGCACAGUGGAUGCGCCAGAUCGUGUCCUUCGACAAGCUCAAACUGACCAACAACCUGCUGGACGACAACGGCCACAUCAUCCUCAACUCCAUGCACCGCUACCAGCCCCGCUUCCACGUGGUCUUCGUGGACCCACGCAAGGACAGCGAGCGCUACGCCCAGGAGAACUUCAAGUCCUUCGUCUUCACCGAGACCCAGUUCACGGCCGUGACCGCCUAUCAGAACCACCGGAUCACCCAGCUGAAAAUUGCCAGCAACCCUUUUGCCAAGGGCUUUAGAGAGAGUGACCCAGACUCCUGGACUGUCCCCCCGCGGCCCCUGCUCAGCACGCCAGCCCGGAGUCGCAGCAGCCUUGGCCCCUGUCUGCUGAAGGGCUCCACAGAGCAGGACAAAGAUCCCAACAAAGCUCCAGCUUCCACCCCCAGGACCCCUCCUGCCCAGCUCCAUCAUCAGCUGCUGGCCACCCCUGAGGCUCUGCUGGCCCCCGCCACCUACCGGGCCCUCACCUAUCAGGACCUGUAUACUGGAGCCUCAAGCCCCCUUGGAAUCCCAAGGGCCCGACCGACACCAUAUCCGCUCCCCAAUAUCCAGGCUGACAGGGAUCAAGGGCGCCUGCCCCUCCGAGCUGGUCUAGGGCUCCUGUCCCCCACUGCUGUGUGCCUGAGGUCUCGCCAGGACCCUCAGUGA